CACGGCAAUUGGGGUAACCCAAGCCCUUUUAUCGUGUUUUGGGUCUCCACCUGGAAGCGAAUACCAAAACUCUUUUAUCCAAUUCAUCAAAGGGUCGGGGGGAUCGAGCAGGGGAAGAAAAGAGCGAGGCCGGUACGGAAAAGACGGGAGGAGAGAGAUGUAUCAUCCUUCGAGAGGCGGCGUUCGGGGCGGUCGAGAUCAAUUCAAAUGGGACGAUGUAAAAGUUGAUAAACACCGAGAGAACUAUGUUGGUCAUAGUGUCAAGGCCCCUGUCGGAAGAUGGCAAAAAGGAAAGGAUUUAUUCUGGUAUGCGAGGGACAAGAAAGCUGAGGCUGCAGAAACAGAGGCAGUCAAAGAAGAAAUAAGAAGGAUCAAGGAAGAGGAAGAACAGGCUAUGCGCGAGGCUCUUGGUUUAGCUCCUAAACGUGCUAACCGACCCCAAGGCAAUCGACUGGAUAAGAAUGAGUAUGCAGAACUUGUGAAGAGAGGAUCAACUGCUGAGGAUUUGGGUGCUGGGCAUGCAGAGGCAGCACAAGUUCAAGGCCUUGGCUUGUACAAGUUGCCCAGUAAUCCAACCGAAUCGAGCUUUCUACCAGGCACAUUGAAGGAGAUAGCACCUGACAGGGAGGACGAAGCUGCAGAUGCACGAAAUGAUGAAGAAGAGACUGAGGAGGAGAGGAGGAAGAAGCGGCGGCAUGAAGAGAGGAGAGAAGGGAAGGAGAAGAGACGAGAGAAGCAUAAGAAAAAAAGGUCUGAUGAACAUGAUGACAAGCGGAAGCACCGUAGAGAGAAGGAAAAGAGGCGACAUGAUUCUGACUGAUUAUGUUUGUAGCAAUCUUUUGCUCUAUUGGUUUACUUCCAGUCUGAAAUUCGAGCCAGGAUAAUACUUUGCAUGGGUGCCAUUUUAAACUUGCUUAUGGCUCGUAAUGAAUGGUGUAAUGUUGUUUAGCCUGAUUGCUGCUUAAGAUUUCUUGUUUGGUUGGUGCAUUUUAUAUGCCUCCAGCCGAGGAGAAGGAUUCAAGCUUAGGAAAGAGGUAUCAGCUACUGUAUUUUUUGCUAGGUCUUUUCCUAGUAUCAGUUUAGUAAAUCCUGGCUUGUUGAACACUUUCCAAUAAGAGUAAUAAUAUUCUCUAUUAUCCAAGUCA